GCGAGAGAGAGAGAGAGAGAGAGAGAGACAAACACAGACAGAGUCGAGAGAGUGAUACUGAGACGAGAGUACAGUCAGAUGGUCAGGUCAUAUGAAUGGACGGAAAGCGAUGUAAGGACACAUCUUACUACAAGAGCACACGCUACCUUCUAAAAUACGUCUGAGGGAAAACAGCGCUGUUUUCGCGUAAGUCUUUUGGAUAAAGCAACAUUGAAAUGAACUGAAAUAAUUUGCGCAACCUGAAUGAGAAAUACAUUUCUCAAGCGAAGCAGGGAAGGACUUUUCAGUCAUCAUUUGCCAUUUAAAUGCCACGAGACGCAGAUGUAAAUGCUCAGAUGUUUGAAGUGCACGUGGAUUUACCUGUCCUGCUUGUUAUUAUUUAAGGAAAGAGUUUAUCAGAGAUCAGGUGAAGUAUUUAUCAGGUGUGGACAUGAAGAUGUUAUGUUUGUACUCAUGACAGAUGAGAAGAAUGUGAACUUAUUACUUUAUUUACGUUUGAUCAGAAACAAUGUGGCAGAUACGUUGUUGAUAAUUCUUCUAUUAAUGAAAAAGUGAUCCAGCCAUUAUUAACCAUGGUAGAGUCGGUUGGUUUCGUGGAAGCUUGGAAAGCUCAGUUUCCUGACUCAGAUCCUCCUGAAAUGACGUUAAACUCUGUUGGAGACAUUGAGCACGAGCUGGAGAAAUGCAGGAACUCUAUUAGGAGCCUGGAGAUGGAGGUGAACAAAGAGCGCUUUCGGAUGAUCUACCUGCAAACACUUCUGGCCAAGGAAAAGAGAAGCCAUGAUUCCACAAGAUGGGGCUUCGGUAAGGUCCCACAAGGUGAUGAUGACAAGCCAGAAACUACAAACUCUCAUCAUCAGGGGAAAGCUGGAGGAGGCAGGUGUCUCCCAGCUAAACCGAAGCACAUAACAACUGCAGGUCUGUCCUCAGAGGAGCCUCGAGAGGCUCAGCUGUGUGUUGAGGUGGUGGGUGGGGACAUCUCAGACUGGGACAGACACAAACACAAAGAUGGGGAAAUAGAUGGGAUGUCUCCGUCCAAAAAACGGGGCGUUGAAGCUCCCCACAGGGCCAUUGCUGGCCGUGGUCCUGCAAAUCAUGAGGUGCAGGGCGUUCCUGAUUCUCCACCAAAGGAGAAAGGCAGCAUGGGGGUUGCUGCUCUCAGGUCAAACUUUGAACGUAUUAGAAGAGCCAAUUCUCAAACAUCUGGGGAGGGAAAGAGUGAAAAGCCUUAUUAUGCCAAUAUGGAAUACCACAAUGAUAAAGGUCUUGUAAGAGUCAAUGAUAGAGAUGUCUCCGAAAAGAUAAGUAGUCUGGGCAGUCAGGCGAUGCAGAUGGAACGCAAAAGAUCCAUACCGGGUAAUCUUUCCACUGGAUUCGUGGAUGUUCGUAAACUGGAGCGGACUUAUGACCGAGCCAUGGAGGACAACUGCAACUGUGAGUAUGAAGAUGCUGAACUUAAUCAUCAGUUUCUUAAAGACAAUUUAAUAAGGCUUAACGGAGGGAAAACCGAGUCACAAAGGGGACCGCAGCAGAACUGGCACCAUGUCGAUUGUCAGCCGUAUACGACCGUUUAUGUGGGCGGCAUUAUGGGAAACGGGGAGGACCUACACCUGACGUGGCCUAGGCGAUCUUACUCACCUGGGAGUUUCGAGGAUGGCUACACACCAGACUGCAGCUCCAAUGAAAAUCUAACAUCAAGCGAGGAAGACUUCUCCUCAGGUCAAUCCAGCCACGUAUCCCCGAGUCCCACUGCCUACCGCAUCUACCGAGAAAAGAGUCGCUCUCCUUCCCAGAAUUCUCAGCAGUCCUUCGAGAGCAGCAGUCCCCCAACUCCUCAGUCCCAAAAACGUCUCAAACAGCAGCUGUUGCUCUCGGAGGCCUCUGUUGUUGGGGUCCGCAAGAUCUGGACUUCUGAUGGAAGGUCCAACAGUUUCCAUGGAGAUCUGGAUAUACCAUUCGGUGGGACUCCGCCUCCAGCAUACACUUAUGAUGUUGAAAGAGGGGAGGAGCUACGUUUGCCUCCUGACCUUGGGUCCUACGCAGAUGAUUCCCUCUCCUGCUCCCCACGCCUUCAUCCAAAGGCCAGAGGGAUCAGAGAGACCCCCUCUUUGGGAUCUCUGAAGUCUACUAAAUCAACGGAGUUGGACAUAGAGAAAGGGUUGGAGAUGAGGAAAUGGGUCCUAUCAGGGAUCUUGGCCAGCGAGGAGACCUAUCUCAGCCACUUGGAGGCACUUUUACUGCCUAUGAAGCCCCUGAAAGCGGCCGCCACCACCUCCCAGCCUGUGUUAACCCUGCAGCAGAUAGAAACCAUUUUCUUCAAAGUGCCUGAGCUCCAUGAGAUCCACAAAGACUUUUAUGAUGGCCUUUUACCCAGAGUUCAACAGUGGAGCCAUUGUCAAUGUGUGGGUGACCUCUUCCAGAAGCUGGCCAGCCAGCUCGGGGUAUACAGGGCUUUUGUAGAUAACUACAAGACAGCUGUGGAAAUGGCUGAAAAGUGUUGUCAGGCAAAUUCUCAGUUUGCUGAGAUUUCAGAGAAUCUAAAAGUCAGGAGUGCCAAAGAGGUUAAAGAUCAGAAUGCCAAGAACUCUUUGGAAACCCUGCUGUAUAAACCAGUUGAUCGAGUUACCCGUAGUACCCUAGUACUCCACGACCUACUGAAGCACACCCCAUCUAAUCAUCCAGAUCUCCCUCUGCUGCAGGACGCCCUCCGCAUAUCUCAAAAUUUCCUUUCUAGUAUUAAUGAGGAGAUCACACCCCGCCGUCAGUCUAUGACAGUGAAGAAAGGAGAGAAUCGACAGCUUCUCAGAGACCAGUUUAUGGUGGAGUUAGUGGAAGGGUCCAGAAAACUUCGGCAUGUCUUCCUGUUUACAGACCUGCUGCUCUGCGCCAAAUUGAAGAAGCAAACCGGAGGGAAAGGACAGCAGUAUGACUGUAAGUGGUAUAUUCCACUAGCUGACCUUACUUUCCAGGCCAUUGAUGAAUCAGAGUCCUCACCAAUCCCACAGAUAGCAGAGGAAGAGAUAGACGCUCUGAAGGUGAAGAUUUCCCAGAUGAAAAAUGAGAUACAGAGAGAAAAGAGAGUGUGUAAAGGUGGUAAAGUCCUUGAUCGUCUAAGGAAGAAACUGUGUGAACAAGAAUCUCUUCUACUGCUCAUGUCUCCAAGCAUGGCUUUCAGAGUCAACAACAGGAAUGGCAAGGGUUAUACAUUUCUAAUCUCAUCUGAUUAUGAACGGGAGGAAUGGAGAGAGAUUAUUCGAGAACAGCAGAAAAAAUGUUUCAAGAGUUUCUCUUUGACUUCAUUGGAGUUGCAAAUGCUCACCAACUCUUGCGUGAAGCUCCAGACUGUUCACAGUGUUCCACUGACCAUCAAUAAAGAAGAUGAUGAAUCCACAGGGCUUUAUGGCUUUCUGAAUGUGAUUGUUCAUUCUGCAUCUGGUCUAAAACAGAGUUUGAAUCUGUACUGUACGUUAGAGGUGGACUCUUUUGGCUACUUUGUAAAUAAAGCCAAGACUCGUGUGUACAGAGACACCACAGAGCCAAACUGGAAUGAGGAGUUUGAGAUUGAGCUGGAGGGCUCUCAGACCCUAAGGCUCCUGUGCUACAGUAAGGUCAAACAGACCAGAGAUGAUGGGGAGAAUACGGAUCGGAUCAUGGCCAAGGGACAGAUCCAGCUGGAUCCUCAAGCGCUGCAGGGUAAAGACUGGCAAAGGACAGUGAUCAGCAUCAAUGGGAUUGAGGUCAAGCUGUCUAUGCGCUUCAGCAGCAGAGAGUUCAGUCUCAAGAGAAUGCCCUCCAGAAAACAGUCCGGAGUGUUUGGGGUCAAAAUUGGGGCUGUCACUAAACGUGAACACUCCAAAGUGCCUCUCAUUGUUAGACAAUGUGUGGAGGAGAUUGAGCGCAGAGGGAUGGAGGAAGUGGGAAUCUAUCGCGUCUCCGGGGUGGCCACAGACAUCCAGGCCCUGAAAGCCGCCUUUGAUGCUAACAAUAAAGACGUUUCGGUUAUGAUGAGCGAGAUGGACGUGAACGCCAUCGCUGGCACACUGAAGCUUUACUUUAGAGAGCUUCCCGAGCCGCUCUUCACUGAUGAACUCCACUCAAACUUCACUGAAGGCAUCGCUUUGUCUGACAGUGUGGCAAAGGAAAGCUGUAUGCUCAACUUGCUUCUCUCGCUACCUGAACCCAACCUGAUGACCUUCCUGUUUCUGCUGGAUCAUUUGAAGAGGGUGGCGGAGAAUGAGAUCACCAACAAGAUGUCCUUUCAUAAUCUCGCCACUGUGUUUGGUCCCACCCUCCUCCGCCCAUCUGAGAAGGACAGCAAAAUUCCAGCCAAUCCCACGCAGCCUAUUUCUAUGAGUGACAGCUGGUCACUUGAGGUUAUGUCUCAGGUCCAAGUAUUACUGUAUUUCCUACAACUGGAAACGAUUCCUACUCCAGACAGUAAACGUCAGAGUAUGCUCUUCUCUACAGAGGUGUAGGGAGGACAAAUCUCUGUUUGUGAAUGGUUUGCUCAGGUACAUUGAUUCGUAACGCUCUGUGACAGAAAUGAUUCAACCUUGUGACCAAUAGAGGGCGCCAACAACCUACUGGAAUCUUUGAAGCGAACCAUUUGGAUGCCAAAACAGUGCCAGUGGCGUUAUGUUUUGUUUUGAUGACCAAAUCGUCCCAUGGACUGUUACAAACACUUACGUGGUAUUAUUUCAGUAAAGUUUCAAUUUCAUUUAUUGUAACUUUUCAUUAAAUAGUAGCUCACGAUUUGAGUGCCAAGAUGUUUGGAUAGUGAAUGUUAGUCUUGCAUUUUAAUGUCUUGUUCCCUUUCUGCACUGUGGGUUUAUGAAGUAUUGCACAUUCCAGUUUUACAUGACCGUUUUAUUUGAUCUGACAUUUUGCUCACCUAAGAUUUAUGUCCCGCUGUGGUGAGGGCUACGGAACAUCUGACACUCGCGAAUCACGAGGACGACCGAAUUUAUAGCCCUACUCUGAUGGAUAAAACACAUGCAGGGAAUCAAAUUGUUUGUGCCUAUGUUUGACAGCAGUCAUUUGUGAGGGAGACCCACACAUAUAGCUAGCUUAACAGUCUUAAGUUCAUUGGUGAAAAGAAACCAUAUACAGUAUAAUUAUAGUUCUUAGCCUUUUUCAAAAUAUAUUUUGUUUUAUGGAAAAUCAUCUCUUUGUUUUGUUACAUAAAUCCACUCAAUAUUAGAUCUCUGAGCCUAUAAUAUAUACAAAAUAUAUACAGUACACAUGUGGAUCAGGAUCACAUAAUAUUAUAAGACUAUAUAACACAUUAAUUUUAGUGCAAAUUAGAUAUCUUGUUAAAAAAAAUCACAUUUACAAAAGCAUAACAGAUUAUUCAUACAAGGUUAACUAUGACUGAUAGACUCAAUAUUUUAAAAUGCAUAUACUGCUACUACACUGUGUACUGUGCAAGCAAAAACCUAUAUAGUUUUUUUUUUUAAGAUGCACAUUCUGUAUAUGCAGGUGCUCCAUUUGCUCAACACAAGUUCAGUGAGCACAAACUAACUUAAUAAUUCAAACACUGUACAUUUUUCCUGUCUCUUAAAUGCAAUAUAUUUUCAUUAGAUUUCAUUUUUGUUAAUCACUAUAUUUGAGAGCACUUUGUGACACAUAACAGUGCCAAUACCUUGCCCUGUUAAGUCUAAACUGUAUGUAAAUUAGUUAUAUGUAAGAUAGUUAAUAUACAGCUGCUGAUUUGUUAUGUGUUAUGUAGAGCAGAUGCAACUGUGUAUUAUUAGUGUAACAUGCAGGCAUGUUGAUGUGUAUAUGACUUCUUAACUUUCUUUUAGAUUCCUCUGCUUUUGUUGGAGUUGUGUAUUUUCUUUCCUGUCUUUCAACUAAUUGUAAAGAUCGUUGCUUUUAAAUUUAUCCUUAAAUGUACAUGUCUUAUUUUAAUGUAUAUAUUCUUUAUCUUUUUUUAGAGGAAUUAUACCUAUAACCAUAUUUCUUGUUUUUCCUUGAUUUUGGUCUGCUGUACGCAUGGCUGACAUUUUUUAAAUCAGCCUCCAUGAUGUCUAAAUGUUGCACAGUGGGUUAAGGAGAUAGAUCAAUCACAAACUUAAUCCUCAUGUUUCCACACAACCAGACUGUUCUGUCUGUUUAUCUGACCCAUAGCAAAGUACAUAAACUUUCCUCAAAGAGAUAACAUUACUCCCCAGAACAUAUUAGAACACAAUCUGUUCAUUUUGUCUUCUGUUUUCCCCUCAAUGAGCGCUAAUGCUGAAACAAUAGUCUUUAAUAUUUUUACUGGGAAAUGUUGAAACAUCAGAAUGCUUGUGUAGCGGACAUGCUUAAUCAAGAUGGCAAUAAUACUGUAUGUUUCUGUACAAAGUAGAAUGAUAAUAAAGUUGAAAUUCACUCGAA